CCUGUUUGCCCUGUUUGUGAGCUGCUGUGUGUAUGAAGCGCAGACGUCUUUGAGCGCAGCAGAGAGCUACAACCAUCUUCCAGCGGCUGUUUUUCACUCUUGUUUCACUGCACUUCUCAGCCGUGCCCAGGAUGUGGGUUUGUCUGUUGAUGUAUGAUGUGUACGGUGAAUGAAUGGCAGUCACACUGACACACCGGAGACACUUUAGUUUGGAUCUGUGGACUCUUCAGACAUGUACAGAGGCUGUGGACGCUGGACAGUAGACUGCAGAACCUGAGCGGUGAAGAUGCAGCACACCUCAUGCACAGAGGACAGGAUCCAGCACGCUCUGGACAGAUGCCUGGAUGGACUGAGACAAAGUCCCACAGCAGCACACCACUGGAACGUGUUGAUGUGCUCAGCGGGUCAGUCGAUGAACCGUUGGAGUCUGGAGGAGCUUGUGAAGAGGGACCCGGAGAACUUCCUCAUCCUUCUACAACAGAUCAUUAGAAAAACCAAAGAGGUCCAGGAACAGUGUCAAUAUGAACUAGUGGCUCCACUCGCUAUCAUGUUCUCCUCCACACUCCUUCAGACACCGUACUGCCCUCCGGAUACAGAACUACUAGAGGAAGCUAUUGAGGUGUUCCGUUACUUUCUCACCUGGCCCGAGCCUUACUGCAGUGUGUGUAAAAAUCUCCUCUCCACACUACAGCUGGAGAUCAAGGCCCCAGGGAUAUCCUUUCAGAGACUGGUAAGAGAAGAGCAGGGCCUGAAUGAUCCUAGCCAGUCUUCUAAGACCAUGACUGUUCUCUUAAUGAACCCUGGUGAGGUGCCUGCUGACUUUCUGUCUGUGGCAGAGCAGCUCAGUCGCAUUGCACACUCACAGAGAGAGACCUACAUCACUCUGAUCAAACACGCCUUUCAGUCCACACUAGGGACCAAGUAUCCUCUACUCAGCAUCCACAGAGCUCUGCAGGCCAAAAGUGUGAAUGAGCUGAGUAAGAUCUUCUCUACAGUCAGUGAUAUCUUAGAGACUGCAGCUUCCAUGAGUGACCCUGUGAAGGGCCGCAGUCAUGUUAUCCAGGGUCUGGAGGGUCUAAGGGAGAUGAUGAGAAUCCCCGCAUCCAGUGGAAGGAAGUCUGACGGAAUGCUACAGACGCUACCGCUACCCACAGCCAAGUGUUACAUGUUUCACUGGGAAAAAGAUAACUUUGAUAUUCUUAACAGUCUUUUGGAGCAUGAACCGGAUGACUUGACCACUAAUGGGGAGGCUGAGGAAGAGGAAGGAGACAUUGAUGAUGAUGAUGAUGAGGAGGAGGAGAAUGAGGCAAGAACUGAGAAAGAAGUGGAGGAUGAGGAAGAGGAAGAGGACAGAGACAAUGUGGGACUGCCUUUAAUGUCCAUCAUUCCUGACGAUUUUAGUGCCAACCCUCGUGCCUCUACUUUCUCCACUAUCUCGUCAGUGUCCACUGCCUCCAAGGACUCGAUGUUCUCCACCAUAUCUGUAGCUUCCGAGUCAUGUGCUGCAUCUCUGCACUCUGUCACCUCUGGGGUUGACAGCGACUACUUUGAUGAUUUUGAUGACUAUAUCUGCUCCUCUCCUGUUGUUGAAAAAGGUUCACCCAAGUCUUUCAACAAAGCCUCAGCUCGGCUAAGCCAACACAUUUACCGGCUCUUCAUUAAACCUAAGAGUCCUCGGUUACUAUCCCGGGCUAAAAGCUUAGGAAACACUGAAUCAAAAGACCUUUUAGUGGUGAGAGAGAAACGCUCCAAUUCCCUACCACAGCAAGUUCACUUACGUAGUCCCGAGCCCCGACUAAAUCCACAAAGUCAGGCCCUGAGGCAUGUUUGCUUUCGAAGGAGGCCCAUUCUCAGCAGUGAUGAGGACAGUAAAAACACUAUACUGAGGGUGGUGGUGUUUGGUGCUGACCACGUUGCAGGAAAGGUGGCCCGGGCCUACAACAGUCUGAAGAGGAGGGAGAGUGCAUGUCCACGUCUCACCCGGACCUUCAAGCUUCAGUUUUACUUUGUGCCUGUAAAGAGAGAUUCAACAACAGGUUUUGGACAUGUGACAUCUCCAUCUCCAUCUCUUGUAGCUCAAACUGGAACUCAGAAAGGAGUAACCCUAAGUAAUGAUCCUAAACUCAUGAGCAUAGGAGACAGCACUAAUGACAUUGCUCAUCUUCUUGGAAUGCUCGACCCUUGGUACGAAAGAAACACCCUGAGUCUGCUUAACCUGCCCGCCAAUGUUGUUUGCCAGCAAACCUCAAAGACAGAGUCAGAGUCAUAUGAUAGUUCGUAUGAGCAGCGUUUGCCCAUUUUGGCUGAUUUGAUUCUGUACUACUGCCGCUAUGCCGCCCGGCCAGCACUGAUCCAGCUCUACCAGGCUGAGCUGACACUGGCUGGAGGCGAGAGGAGGACGGAGGUGUUCGUCCACUCGCUGGAGUUGGGUCACACCGCAGGAACACGAGCCAUCAAGGCUAUGGGUGCUGCCAGUAAACGUUUUGGCAUCGACGGUGACAGAGAAGCAGUGCCUUUAAUGUUGGAGAUGGUGUACAACAGGGUGGUCAUUAGUGGGAGAAACCAGUGGAAAAGAGAAACAAAAGUCUGUACUUCAGUGAAUUUAACCAAAGCAUGCAAGAAUCCAGAGGAGCUUGACUCUAAGAUGGAGUGCCUGCAGAUCACAAUGACUGAGGUCUUGAAGAGACAGAACGGAAAAGGCAAGAAGGGCUACAAUCAGCAGCUGAGUGUAACAGAGGUGAAGGUGGACAAGGUGCAGAUCACUGGUGCUGGAAACACAUUUGCUGUGUGUCUAGACCAGGAUGAGAAGAAGAUCCUACAGAGUGUCACCAGAUGUGAAAUAUCAGUGUGCUUUAAAACUGACAGCUCUACUGACUGGAGACUCAGAAAACCUCAGACCUCAGCCCAAAUCCAGCCUCUCCAUCCAACUUUCUGUUCCCUUCUCUGCCUGCCUAUUGUCACGUUCAGUGGGGCUCUUCCCUGAGACAGCUGAUCUCCGGUCAGUUUGGAUGGAGACUCAUAAACUCUGUGUAAUGGAGAGACACUGCAGAGGAUGACUGUGGAGGAAACUGAGUUUUUGUUUUAUUUCUACCAGACUACCCAAAAGCCAGGACAAUAAUACUGUCUGAAACAUACAGAACAUCUUUAAUGACUAGCCUUUACAUAUUCAAGGACCUACAGACCUGGAAGGCUCCAAAUUACCUAUGAAACUUAUGAAGAGGAGAAACUAUGGUUUUGAGUUUAGUUUUCAGUGUAGAAAAAAUAGUUUCGUACUGUUGGCAAAGAACUGAAAAAGAAUGUAUUUUGUCCAAACAACAUGAAUAUACAGAUAGAUUUCAUUCACAGUAGCAAGAAAUACGUACUGUAAAGACAGACUGGGUCUUAAUUUGGGUGUGAAAUCUAAUAUCCUGGGAAGCCUCUUAUAAUCCUUAUAAUUAUUCCCUUCUUUGGACCUACAGGAACAUGGAUAAAGAAGCUUGUGUUUUGGUGUCUUUAUGCUUGACUUUUCCUGAAUGUCAGAUAAUACUGUGUUUCAAAAUGGGCACUAUACAUUUUUGGACAUUUGUAGAUAAUGUAAAUAUUAGGUGUAUAAAAUAUUGACCUUAAUAAUAUAAUUUUACAUAAAAUGGAUUUUGUAAAUCUUCACAAAUGCGCUUUACUGUUGACAGACUGGAAGUGACUGCAGGUAUACCUCUGACCAGCAGAGGGCUGUGUUUUCAUUAUGUCUUGAUGUCUUGUGUGGAAGCAGAUUUUUGAUCAUGCCAAAGUUUUAAUGAUUUUACUCCUUAAGCCAAGGCACAUGUGGAAAACAUAUUUUUUAUGGUGCUAAAAUACAUUCACACGCACAUUUUUCUUUAUAAACAAAUAAAUAACAGAUGUUUUUUGCACUUUGUAUAGGUCUGUGCAGCAAAACAAUAUUUUAUUUCACUGUCUCCUUUUUGUUCUUGUAAUAUUUUUGCUAUACAUUGUCACCUGACAAUGAGUGAUUUCAUGUAGGGUGAAUUAUCCUAAUGUGGGACAUUUAAGCUUUACAUCAUGCAUUAUUAUUAUUAUUAUUAUUAUUAUUAUUAUUAUUAUUAUUAUUAUUACAUUGCCAUGCCUAACAUUGUAAUGUUCUACAGAAGAUCGAAAUACAAAAAAUGUCCCAUAUUAGACCCUAUAAAUACGUUUGAAGCCUGUCACUGCCCUUUUCCAUCAAGUAUGGUCAGACAAAUGAACACAAAUAAAAAACUGGACUCAGACUAUGACUGUCUAAAAUAUCUCACAUUCUUUUUCAUUCUCUUUUAUUUUAAUCCAUAUAUCGUCACCUUCCUAAAACUGUAACCUGUCAUCUGUUGACAAAAAUGAUGUUUAUUCAGAUUUUUCAUUAAAGACAAAAGACAUAAUCAGACGAAUUUGAUCAUUUGGACAAAAAAAAGCCAUUGUUGUCAAAAAAUGACACAGGCAAUUAUUUUGGGAAGGUGACGAUAUCUAGAGGUAGAGAAUAUAAACACCUGUGAG